UUGGGGAUCACGUGACCUCGCCCACAAAGGAUGACGUGAGCGUGGCUCCAGCAGCGGCAUUAGCACAUGGGGGAAAGUUGAGGGAAAGUUUCUAAGGGAUGAUAUUUAAGCUAAAAAAUGUUGAAGACAAAUUACCGAAUAUUUCAACGAAAACCUCCGACAAAGUGGCGUUUUUUUUAACUGAAUAUCGCAUCGAUUUUUUUUUUUUAAACCUUUCAUUUUUAAUUUCCGUUCAGCCCUCCUGUUAAACGACGGUGUUUGUGCAGGACGCUCCUCCGCGCUGCGGCAGAGAGGAGCCCCGCGCCGCGGACACACACAAUGAAGCAGUGUGUGUCCUCCUCCGACACAAUGCUGCAGGAUGCCACGAAGGGGACCACGCUGCUCCUCGCUGGAUCCCAGACGGUCAUCGCUCGAUUGCAGAGAGAAAGAGACCGAGAGACCAGCUAAAGAAUGAAGCUUUAGCCUCUGCGUGACGAGCUUUUACCAGCAACCAGACUAAAAUCUAGACGUCCAGUGACGAAGCCACGACUCAAGAAUGAAGACCAAAUAUGCAGUUGUCUUCAUCUGCAUCGUGGCCCUGGUCAUCAUCGAAAAGGAAAGCAACAUCCUAUCGAGGGUUUCUGAUAAACUGAUCCAGAGGCAGAUUCCACUGCAGACCCCACAGACUCCUCUUGGUAACAGAAACAAAACACAAAAUGGCUCCCUGGAAAUGCUCAAAAUCCUGCUCUCUAAACUCACCGGUGCAAUGGUGAAUUACUCCAGUAUGUCUGAGGAGCAGGAGGACCAAGACCCGGAUGACUUGGGCGCAUACAGCUUCGGCGGCGGCCGUAAGCACAUAUUACUCAUGGCCACAACGCGGACCGGUUCCUCCUUUGUGGGGGAGUUUUUCAACCAGCACGGGGGGAACAUGUUCUACCUGUUUGAGCCCCUGUGGCACGUGGAGCGCAUGCUGACCGCGGCCUCGGAGGCCAACAACGGAACGGUGUCGGCCGGGAUCUACCGCGACGUUCUCCAGGGGCUGUUCCUGUGUGAUUUCUCCCCCCUGGAGAAGUUCAUCUCCCCCCCGCCGCGGGACCACGUCACGCCGGCUCUGUUCCGCAGAGAGUCCAGUUUAUCGCUGUGUGAAGAAUCGGUCUGCAGCCCUGUUAUCAAAGAUGUUUUUGAAAGGUACCACUGUAAGAUGCGUCGCUGUGGGCCGGUGAACUUGACCCUGGCAUCCGAGUCCUGCCUCUCCAAGCAACACCACGCCAUUAAAACGGUCCGCGUGCGCCAGCUGGAAACGUUGCAGCCUUUGGUGGAGGACCCUCGCCUGGAUGUGAGAGUGAUCCAGCUGGUCCGAGAUCCACGGGCCAUCCUGGCGUCCCGCAUGGUGGCGUUCUCCUCCAAGUACCAGACGUGGAAGGCCUGGGCGCAGGACGGCCAGGUCCCCGAGGACGACGAGGAGGUGAAGCGGCUCAAGGGAAACUGCGACCAGAUCAGGCUGUCGGCCGAGGUGGGACUGAGCCAGCCUCCCUGGCUGAGGAGACGCUACAUGCUGGUGCGCUAUGAGGAUAUUGCCCGCUACCCCAUGCAGAAGGCAGAGGAGAUGUACAGGUUCACCGGGAUACCAUUUAGUCCCCAAGCAAGGGAGUGGAUACUGAGGAACACUCAGACCACGCGGGAGGCCAGCGGGAUCUACUCCACGCAGAAGAACUCCUCCGAGCAGGCGGAGAAAUGGAGAUUCAACAUUCCCUUCGCACUGGCUCAGGUGGUGCAGAGAGUGUGCGGUCCUACCAUGACGCUGUUUGGGUACAGGUUUGUCUACGAUGAAAGUACACUUCUGAAUAGGUCCAUCAGUUUGCUUGAAGAGAAACUCUUUCAAUAAUCCACGCCGCAUGCCAUGGACCCGAGGCAAGAGAAGCCAUUGUUGCACAGGCCAAAACGUGUAAGAGACACAACAUGUUUGCAGACGGUAGGAUUUACAUACAGUGGAAUUCAUACUCACCGGUGAUGUGCCUCUAUGUGAUAAAUGAAGAGCCACUUGAGAAAGAAAGUAUUUAUUUACAUACUGCAUUGAGUGAGAAGCUUUAUGCGUCGCUCUCUAUUUCAUUCAAAAUGAAAUGACCGUAGAUGUUGAGCCUGUAAGGGAUUCUUAUGUAGGAUUUCAUGAUAGGUGAUUAUUUGUAGACGUUCAGGGAUGGAGUACAGUGAGAGGUAUACGUGUUUAGUUUUUCUGUGUGUGAAUGUCAAAUAGAGAGUUUAUGAUGCUGGUGGUUCACUUUGUCAAGUUCAUCCUGUUCUUUUGUAUACAUUUGUACUCGACUAGGCAACAGAUAGAAUCGAUUUAGAUUGGACCUGAUGUGCUUUCAAAGGACUUUAUAUAUCCGACUCAGGUGAACGUGGUAUUGCAAUUUGUGUUGUUUUCAUGAGAAGCAUUCAUCGGUCACUGUGUGAAAACAUAGAAUGACCUUUCAUGUAUUUAACCAAAUGCCAUUUAAAGCAAUGCUCAAUAGACCAUAAAGAGGCCAAUUAGGAAGGAUGUGUAUUUAUAAUACUUUUAAGGUUAUAUAAAGUGAAGAGCUACAGAAUAAAUGUCUUUACUUCAGAUAUCUACAUGUGUCUCUAACACACAGCCAGUAGCCAGAGAAGAAAUGGUUUCCCAGUGCUCCCUCCUCGCCUCAAGGGAAACAGGCAGUUUGGUUGUUCAUUUUUAAGGAGGCUUCUGAACUGAUACACUGUGUUUUCAAGGACACACGUUCUUGUUCGAGGAGCUUUUUUUAAUCACCUCCCGACUCAAAGAAACUAAAUCACCAGAAAUAUUAAAAGCUGCAAAAAUUCAAAACGUGCCUCCUUUUAAAUGUAUUAGUUGUGAGAUUUGUGAAUGAUGUCUUCGGUCCAUGGCAAUAUAUAAGAUGUUGGUACGUAACUGUAUUCAUGUGGCCUAUCACUUUAAAUGAAGCCCAGGUGCUGUUGCGUUAACUGUCCCUCUCGAUGGCACAUAAAGGUAUCCACUGUGGCUCCAGCUCAAUGGUGGCAUUGUGUCCAGCACGGCCGGAGCACUGCUGAAAGUACCUUGCUGCUCAUGGAAAGGGAUUUGCAAAAGAGGGACAUAUAGAAGGGGGGCUUAUACUAACUUAGCGUUUGAAACAUAAAUAGGAAUACAUUGCAACUGGCAGGCCUUGCGUUGCCCAAACUCACUACUGAAGUAUUUGAGCCAAAAAGGAAAUAUUAUAAAGUACCAAGUUCAACUGAGAGUCAGUUUAUGCAUUCAAACCAUUCAGAUAUGCAGAGUGCGAAUAAAGUCCGUCCUUAUGUAUGUGUUUGCCUGUAAUAUGAUGGGAGUUCAAUCUCCAUGGGGAUAUGUUUUUGUUGAAUUGAAUUUUUAAAAAAAAGUAUUUUGCGGCAAGUCUCAUUUCAGGUGCACCCUUUUUAACAUGUAACCCAAGUCUACAGCCC